UUGGAUUGAAAUAUUUUAAAAAUGGCUACCAACCCUGACCCUACAAAAUACGUUGACAAAAACGAAGUUAUGAAAUGUCAGAAAGCCUACCUUAUAGCUGAUAAGCAAGUAGGCCUUGUUCAUGAAUCAGUGCAGCUUGCUAAAACUGCUCUACAGAAAAAUGAGAUCACAAAGCGUGAACUUGAAGCUCUGACUGAUCACAAAGUCUACAAAGCUGUAGGAAGAAUGUUCGUGUUAUCUAAGGGGGACUUGAAGGCAGAUCUAGAAGCUCAUACCAAAGACAUUCAGGACGAAAUGGUCAAGUACGACGAAAUGAUGAAGACUUACAAAGACAAGAGAGACAAAGCUUACCAAGACUUGCAAAAUCUGGCAAAGUAGACGCAUCCAAACUUGAACUUGAUUUGAGGUAUUUUCAAUAAUA